UAAAAAGUAUCUGUGUCACUGACUACAGCAGAAGAAAAAAAUUUAACAGGGAAAUAAGAAAGAAAAAACAUAUUUUUAGUUAAAAAUUAACAAUAUUACUGACUUUUUAAAUAAUAGCAAUAGAAAAUAAGUUACAAAUAAUAACCCACCAGUGUUUAAAACUAAUUGAAAAACGUAAAAAUCAAAAUGGUCAAAUUAUUUGCUUUAAGUGUUUUUUACAAGGGCUCCGCUGAAGCUCGUAUAUUAAAGUCUGCCUAUGAUUUGCAGUCAUUUUCCUUUUUCCAAAGAAGCACUGUACAAGAAUUUAUGACAUUUGCGUCGAAGACCAUAGUCGAAAGAACUCAACCAGCAAUGCGUCAAUCGGUCAAACAGGAAGCCUAUAUGUGUCAUGUCUAUGUUAGGACUGACAAUUUAGCUGGUGUUUUGAUAGCCGAUCACGAAUAUCCCCAAAGAGUGGCACAUACAUUGAUUACCAAAAUUCUUGAUGAAUUUUCGGCAAAAGUACCCGCAGACCAAUGGGAAACAGGCACUGAAAGUAGCAUAGACUUUUCGUUAAUACCCUCAUUUUUGGCUAAAUAUCAAGAUCCCAAAGAAGCUGAUGCUUUAACAAAAAUGCAAAAUGAUUUAGAUGAGACCAAGAUCAUAUUGAAGAAUACCAUAGAGGCUGUGCUAGAGAGGGGUGAAAAAAUUGAUGACAUGGUUAUCAAAUCGGAAAACUUAUCAAUACAAAGUAAAGCGUUCUACAAGACGGCAAAGAAAACGAAUUCUUGUUGUAAUUUUAGUUAAGCGUGCAAAUCAUGUUAUUUGUGAAAAAAGGGAGAUAACAAGAUUUUGAUAUUCAAGGUGGAUGUUGACAUGAUAAUGAAGAUGAUGUUUGUGGUUAAAUAUGUAUGAUGUCUAAAAGGUUAUUGCUUUUUUUUAUUUAUAGUAUUAAGUUUUCAAAAGAAAUGCUUAGAGAAGAUUAGCUAUAAUAUGAAUGAAGAAAUUAAAAAUAGCGCAGACUGUGCAUUAAUAAACUAACUGUAGAAGAAUUGUUUGAAAUUGUAUUUUUUUUAAUUUUUCUGUUAACAUUUUUUCUAAGAAAUAUUUUUAAUAAUUAAAAUUUCUUAAACUUAUAGAAAAUCUGAAUAUUGAGAAUCGUUUACAAGUUAAACGAUUUAAAAAAGUAUUCUUUCUAAAAUUUUAUAACUAAAAUAUAGAUUUUUUAAAUACAAUUUCAAAUGAUAUUAAACGGUAUUCCCAUAUUUAAUUUAUUUGUAAACUUGUCUAAAUAUUUAUUUAACUGUUGCAGACUCUUAAUACAACUUAAAAUGUUUUAUAUUUAAAAAUUCUGCUUCUAAUAUGUGUUUUUUAUUUGAUAUUCGCUAAGUUUGUGUAAUUUAAUUUGUUCCAAUAAAAAAAAAUAUCAUUCCACUUCCCAGGUAUAAAAACAAGAAAUACUCAAAUUAUUAUAAAUAUAUUCCCCUUACAUACAUAAAUGUUCAUUGUAUAUAAAACUAUUGACAAAAUAAGUGACAUACUAUUUAAAUAUUAUACUUACACACAUACAUAUAAAAUAACUGCCUAUUUAAAGGAAGUUUUAUUUAAAAAAAAACAAAUUACCUAUAAAAAAGCAUGCUAAACACUAUUUUAAACAUCAUAUAUUUAUGUCUUUAUGUUUAAAUAUACAUUUUAUUAUAAAAACAAACUUCAAAUACAAUUUUUUCUUUUGGAUAUGCGUUUUAUUAGCUAUAAUGUUAAAAAUUGAUAAUUGAAUAAUCUCAAAAUAUAAAGUUGCAAACGAAAUUAUAAAAUAAACAAAAUUAUACAAAAAUAUUUAUAAUCAU